AGGAACUUACAAAUGUGGUUUCACAUGUGAGCUCUUCAGACUUUCUAUAGACACAGCUCACUAGAGCAGAUCAGUAUUCUGUCAGAGACGUGUGUGUGUGAAGUGUGUUAACAGACAGCUGGUUGUGGAGGAUGAAGCUGCUCCAUGGACUGAUCCUGGUUACGUCUGUCCUGGUUCUGGCUGCAGGACACAGUGUGGACUCUGGAUGUUUGGACUUUAACUUUGAUUUGAACGACUCCAACAGCAAGUGCUGCAUAAAGUGUAAACCAGGAAACCGUCUUGUGACUGGUUGUGGUCCGGAUCUAAAUGCCUUGUGUACUCCAUGUGAAAAAAACAACUUUAUCACUGAUGGAAACCCAUGGGUGUGCAAGAUAUGUGAUAAGUGUUCAGGUAAAAACAGGCAGGUGAAGGUGAACUGCACCGCCAGCAGCGACACAGUUUGUGAGUGUAAACCGGGGUAUCGAUGUGCUAAUGACAAAUGCUCGAGAUGCAUCGAAGAGUGUGGCAAAGGACAGCAGCCCAGUGCAGCGGGCUGUGAGCCGUGUCCUCCAGGGACGUACAAUGACAAGAUCCAUCAAUACUGCGUCAACUGGACCAAAUGUAUGCAGCCAGACCAUCAAAUAAAUGAGUUGGGAAAUGCAUACAGAGACGUGAUCUGUGGACUUAAACCAGUCACCAAACCUGCAGUGCUGCCUCCCAGUGACUCAAGUGCUACAGAGAUCACUGUUAUUUUCAUCGUCUUUGGGCUCAUCAGCAUAGCAAUACCUGUUGUUACAAUCUUCUUCCUGGAGUGGAGAAAAGGAAAGGCCAUUCAGAAACCCCAUGUCGACAAUGAAACUCUAGCAGGAGGAGGACAGACUCCGAUGUCUCUUCUGGAUGAGACCAGCUUCUGUUUUCCUCAGCAGGAGCACGGCGUUAGCAGUCAGAGUUCAACCGCCUCACUGGUCUCACAGGACAUCGGGCCCCUGGAAGCAUGAACUUGUGUUGUACAGCAAGCCGAAUGCAAACGAGCAUUUAUUUGUAGUUAUAUGCAGAUAUGUAUAAUGUCAUGUAUUUACUGAAUUCUACUGGAAUCCUGUCAUUAAAUCACGUUCGUGAAAUUUUGUUGAUGUUAAAGUAGCUAAAGUGUUUAAGAAUGUAACAUGUUUUCAUAUUAUGCCCAUGUUCUGAAUUAAUACAUUAUUACUUUAUGUACUGCUAGGUUCAAACCUUUCUGAAAAUGUGCUCAGAUUAUUUUGAAAACAGUAAGAUGUUAACACAUUAUACAAAAGAAAAACGUUGAGACUAAUGUAAGACUAAUAUGACCUCUUUCAGAAGUGCUCUCAAAAUGUGCUCAAAUGACUUUUAUUAUGAAAAUGCAUAACACGUUGCAAAAUAAGAGAAAAAAAAAUGUGAGACUCACAAAAUCACUCAAAUUGUGCUCAGAUUAAUUUUUAUUUGGAAAAUAUGCAAGAUGUUAAAACAAAUUAAAAAAGUAGUGCUGUGAAAUGAUUCACGGCAAUUAAUCACAUUAAAAACAAGAGUUUUGUGUUUACAUAAUGUA